GGAAAUAGAAGAGACGAGAUGUAAAGAGAAGAUUCUAGAACCCGUUGUAUUAAACCCUCUGUAAAACCCUAACAUGGGAAAUAAAAACCCAAACUGAGGCGAACAAAGAACCUGAGAUUCAGAAUUCUCUAGAAGGCGAGAGAGAGAGAGAGAAAUGGCGAAGCGGCUGGUUCCGUUGUUGAAUCGGGUUCUGGUGGAGAAGAUCGUUCCCCCAUCGAAAACGAACGCCGGCAUCUUGUUGCCGGAGAAAUCCACCAAGCUGAAUUCUGGAAAAGUAGUUGCGAUUGGGCCUGGCAUUCGUAGCAAGGAAGGGAAUCUAAUUCCGGUUUCUGUUAAAGAAGGCGACACUGUGCUUUUGCCUGAAUACGGUGGAACUGAGGUCAACCUUGCUGAUAAACAGUAUCAUCUUUACAGAGAUGAAGACAUACUGGGGACGCUGCAUGAUUGAUUUGUACCAAUUCUUGUUCUGCUUAAUUUGACCUGUUUCUUUCUGUUAUCAUCAUUUUUAAUGUAUGUUGUCUGCUGUUGGAACAAGCCAUUUUUCUGCAACAAAUGGGGAAACUCUUUUUUAAUGCAUUGUGUUUGCUUGCUUAAGCAUUUUCCUUUCAUUGGUAUCUCAUAUAUUGGAAUCAGACUUAAUCAAUUGGAAAUGAAAAUCAUCGAGUUAUAUA